AUGUCUUCUUCGCAGAAUGCUAACUCGAGUGGAGAGAAAAUCUCCGACUUGAAUGUUGUCAACGCUGUUGCCACCACCAAGCGCAGGGUCAUUAAGUCUAGAGAUGCUGAUGUUACUUUAAAGUUUAUGGAGAGAAACGGAGGUGAGGUUCCUGAAAUUACCCCUGAGAGAGAGAGAAAGUUAGCUAAAAAGACCACUAUCAUUAUUAUUUUGCUAACGUCGAUAACUAAUUUGCUACUUUAUAGUGACAAGGCUACGCUAUCAUAUGCGAGUAUCUUCGAGUUGUGGAAAGACACUAACUUGAAUCAAAAUCGGUAUAAUAAUGCGAACACUCUCUUCUAUGUUGGAUACAUGGUAGGUCAGGUCAAUCUUCUCCUCAUGCAGAGAUUACCGAUCGGUCGACUUCUAUCAGUUCUCGUUUUUGUUUGGGCUGCCCUUAUGUUUUUACAUUGUACCGCUCACAAUUACCAAGGAAUAUAUGCUUUGAGAUUCUUUUUGGGAUUUGUCGAAAGUAUCGUUAUUCCUAUUUUGAACACUACAAUGGCUCAAUUUCUCACUGCAGAUGAAAAGGCCGCUACUGCUCCUGUUUUCUACUCGACUUGUCUUGGUGUCACAAUUCCAGUUGGUUUCAUAGCCUACGGAGUUCUCCACGCUAACGUUGCUAUACCAAUCUGGAAGCUAUUUAUGAUUAUCAUCGGUUCUUGCACCAUUGCUUGGCUUGUUAUAGUAGUAUUCUUUUACCCCAACAAUCCUACGGAUGCCAGAUUUCUAUCAACUGAAGAAAAGGUGUGGGUUAUCAGAAGAGUGCAACGAACCACAGGUGCUUCGAUUGAGCAGAAAGUGUUCAAGAAACAUCAAGCCAAAGAGGCUUUGAAGGAUCCAAUAACAUGGUUAUUUGGUCUUUUUUUCCUCUUACAACAAUUGGCCAACAAUUUGCCAUAUCAGCAGAAUCUUUUGUUUGAAGGUAUCGGUAAUAUUGACAACUUAGAUUCUACUUUGGUGUCAGUGGCCAGUGGUGGGUUUGCUGCAAUAUGUUGUUUCAUUGCUACCGGAAUCAUGUAUUACAAGAGGAACAUUACUGCUUACUCAGUGUUUUUCUGGACCAUUCCCUCUUUUGCCGCUUCUAUUGCCGUGGUGGCUCUUCCUUGGGACGACAAGAUUGCUUUAUUGGGCAUGUUAUGUCUUGCAUCGCCAUUAUUCGGUAUUCCAUGGAUUCUAAUGUUUUCUUGGAACAGUACAAGCUGUUCUGGAUAUACCAAAAAGUUAAUUAGAAAUGCUGUUGUUAUGCUUUGUUACGGUAUUGCUAAUUUGAUUUCUCCACAGCUUUGGCAAGAAUCAGAUGGCCCCAGAUACAUUCCUGCAUGGAUUGUUCAAAUUGUUCUUUCUUUCUUUACAGCCCCAAUUAUUGCUUUGGUCAUCCGGUAUCUUCUCAACAAAAGAAACAUAUUAAGAGAGGCUGCUUCACAAGAGAAAUCAGAAACUUCGUCGGGAUACGUUGAAGAGGAUGAUGGAGCUGAAAUCAAGGUUAAUAAGGCAUCCUUGGAUCUAACAGAUUUCGAGAACGAAGAAUUCAUAUAUCCUUUGUGA